UGUUCGAACCAGCUUUUCAGCGCGAUCGCGAAUCGUACUGCGAUACCAUUUUAUUGGUCGCUUCUUAUCGUGCACUUCCCCACACGCGAGUGAUCAGUGUUUUCUGUCCCAGUGCAUGGCAGCGUUGUCUGGUGCGCAGCAAAGUGUAGCGAGUGAGGUUUUGUGAGGUGAAGUGCAUCAGUGUUACAGAUUGUCUGCGAGAUCGCGUAACCAUCAACCCCGGUGGCAACAUUCAAGGAAGAAGCUUGAACGAGUUUUUCAAGCAAAAGCUAGAUAAAAUGGCAGCAGUCGAAAUGGUACACAUCGAAACUCCGCCUUUCAGUGUAAACAACGUGCAAAGGGCCGUGCAAAGGGCGAGUGCUGCGCAGACAAGCGAAGGGCCAGGAUAGCGAGGAAAGGGUUCCCGUCCCGUUUCUAGUGGUUGGUGCUGGUUGUGUAAUUUUGCUCGGUGACCCCAAAUAGCAGGCGUGUGCGCUGCUGUGUGGAUUGUUGUUUUCUUUAGUGCAAUACGCAGCGUGCGCCAAACGUCAUCCGUGGCCGUGGGUCUCGUGGUUUGCUGAUUGUUUUGAUCGGUUUCUUUGGGAGAUUCUGCCCACUCCCGGCGCCACCCCCGUACAGAGAACGAAAGAAGACAAGAUGCCCCAAUCCGACGGGGGUUACGUUUCGCUCGGCGGUGGUCCGAACUCCAUCUACAACUCGACCACCGAACCGCAGUCCGGCUCCAAAUCGGUGAUGGAAACGGUGAAGCGCGUCAUCGGGACGGCCAUCGGGGCCCAGGACAAGCACGCGCUGCUGGAGCGCAAUGGGACCGGACCCCAACCGUACAUAGUUAGUGCCAGAGAUCGCGACAAAACCGGCAAAUCAGCGAACGCCAGAAUGCCAUCCGCACCAGCACACACUGCCGAGGAAGCUCGCCUGCUUGGAGCGAUGCCGGUUGACCCGAUGGAUGACAUUGAGCUGCGCUCGGUUCAGCUACAGUAUCCCAACCAGCGAGGUUCGAUAGUCGGCUCGUGCGAUCUGCGGCGCGUACCGACGGACAAGGGCGACAUCCUCGUAGCGGUGCAGGGCGAUACAACGAAGCCAGCGAUCGUGACGUACCACGAUUUGGGAUUGAACUAUGCAUCGAGCUUUGCCGGUUUCUUCAAUUUCCCCACGAUGCGUUCGCUGUUGGAUAACUUCUGCGUGUAUCACGUGAAUGCACCUGGACAGGAAGAGGGCGCUCCAACGUUCCCGGAAGACUACGUAUAUCCCACGUUCGAUGAGCUGGGAUCGCAGCUGCUGUUUGUGAUGACACACUUUAACUUGAAGUCCAUCAUCGGAUUCGGCGUCGGUGCAGGAGCAAACAUUCUGGCCCGGUUUGCUCUGGCCAAUCCGGAUAAGGUCGGAGCACUCUGCCUUAUCAACUGCAGUUCAACGGCGGCCGGUUGGAUCGAAUGGGGCUACCAGCUGCUGAAUACGCGUAAUCUCCGCACCAAGGGCAUGACCCAGGGUGUGCUGGAUUAUUUGAUGUGGCAUCAUUUCGGCCGAAAUCCAGAGGAGCGUAAUCUGGAUUUGGUUCAGCUGUACAAGAGCAACUUUGAACGUUCGAUAAAUCCAGUCAACUUGGCCAUGCUGAUUGAUGCAUACAUUAAGCGUACGGAUUUGAACAUUGCCCGAACACCUUCCGGUUCACCACAAACUUCUGCCCCGUCACUGAAGAUGCCCGUGUUAAAUAUUACUGGCGCGUUAUCGCCCCACAUUGAUGAUACAGUAACGUUCAACGGUAGACUAAUCCCGGAGAAGACUAAUUGGAUGAAGAUUUCUGAUUGUGGUUUGGUACUGGAGGAACAACCAGGCAAACUGGCCGAAGCAUUCCGGCUAUUUCUGCAGGGUGAAGGCUAUGCACCAACAUUUUCACCGCAUGCUAAAUACCAUACUACCACCAACCACAACGUUAACAACAAUGAACCGGUGUCGUGUCAUAACCACAAUCAAGAGUUCGACAAGCUGAACGGGAACGUGCUGUUGGCGGGCGGCGGUGGCGGUGGCGGUGGUGGCGGUAGCGCAGAUCUGCAAACCGGCGGUCCGACCGGCAACAAUGGCAACAAUGGCGUCGGCGGCAGCAUCGGCAUCACAGCAACGGCCAACAUUUCCAGCACCGGUAGCGCCUGCAUUGGUGGCAGCGCGAGUGGCGCCAUCUAUGAGAACAGUGCCGCACUGCGGGCGAAGAACGGUGCGAUUCGAAUAACCGAGAAUCCGCUGCCCGAGAACGUGGCAUGCUAGAAACGAGACAUAUCGGGUCGGGUAAGCCGACCGGUGCUGGGUGAAGCGAAGGCAAAGGAGCGGGCGAUGGAAUGGAAGGAAAGCGGCCGCGUGCGCGCACCUACGUUGGACCAUAGCUAUGAAAGGCGGGAGGAAUUUAUGUGUGGGAUGGAAGCGAACGUGGACGAGGACGACGAGGUGUGGACGAACAGACGGUAUCGAAUAGAGAAGGUUAUGUUGAAUGCAAUAUUUUCUAUGCAAUUUUAAGUCGAGAUCGAUCAGUUACUAUAGCUGCCAUCGGGGCAGAUAUGGGCGAUGCAUUGCGGAUUCGGAAUCAGAAGUAAAUUCUCAUCUUUUCCAACGCUUCUCAUAAGCUGCAACUUUCGAAAUAAUUAAAUUCAAACCGCAGAGAAAAGAAACAACGUUUUAAUCUUCCAUCGAUCACGAAUGGAUGGAUGUGUGAUCGGGACGAAAACACUAGACAAGCAAUAGCGAUACGAUUUGUCGGGCAGGCAAAUUCAAGCAUAAAAAAAACCUUUUUUCCGGAAAAAACACAUCAGAUUGAUGUAAACUGACCAACGAGUGGGUAAAAACGGAACGAUUGCAUGAACCGAUAAUAUCAAUUUCUUACCAUAGUUUCUCUCGGAGGAGCUUUUGUUUUUCGGCCUAUGUUGGUAAUGUGUAAAUGCGAUAGAGAACCAUAAUAUCGCAAUCGCUAAUAUCCGUAUCAAGAGAUGUACAUUUUGUAGAAAAAAAAGAAGAAAAACUCUAUAACUAGUCUAGACAGAGACAAAUGGCCAAUAGUGAACUGUGAAUUGAAGAAUAUACCAAAAACCAAAAGAAGAAAAAAAAAUGGCAUAAGGAUGCGCCAAGCGUGUCGAACACGAACGGAAUGUUAAGCGCUGUAUCACAACCUCGUUGUAUGAUCACUGAAUUAGGGAAAUGGAAGCAAUUGUAUAAAACCCCCCUCGGAGCAGAACUGGAUGGCUAGGCGCGUUGGCUUUGAAAAAGCGAAUUCGAAACAAAACGGACUAAAAGCAAAAUCAAGCAAAAUUGUGGCAGUUGCUGUGACGUGAGAUGCAUAUCGUUAAAACGGACUAAGCUAACAUUUAAAACACAACCACACAAAAGGGACACGAGUAAUCUAUAGCAUACUCUAGAUAUCCGCCGUCUGCCGCACGCGACGUAAUGCAGUAAAUGCGCGAAGACAGCAAACCUGUAGCUUAAGGAUAAACGUAAUAAUAAACAAAGAAAAUGGAAACAAAACAAGACAAAAAAAAAUGCAACCAAAACAUACCAACUGCGAGGAGAAAAUAAAGCUCGUACAACGUGCUUUCUACCAAGAAACAAAACA